AUGUCAUGCUCACGCCGAGAGCUUAGGUCGGCACCCGGCAAUACUCAUCUUCCGGGCUUGUCCGACAGCUGUCUUUAUUAUACCACUGCCCAUUAA